UGGCAAUCACUUGCCUGUACGAGCUUAAACAUGGCAUUCACCUUCCGUGACAAAAUGAACUAGACAUGGCAAGACGGUAGAGGUAACUCAGAGGUAAUUAAUUUUCUCCUUCAGGCACUGAUCUGAGAAGAAUGAAUUGAUGUAGCUGUCCCAUUGGCACAAUGUUGGAAGGCCUUGCUGCAUGGGUGUUAAACACCUACGUUGGAGAAUAUGUUGAAAAUCUUAACACGGAUCAGCUAUCCAUCGGAUUACUCAGUGGUGCAGUAGAGCUAGAGAAUCUACCUCUGAGGAAAGAUGCCUUGAAGAAUCUGGAUCUUCCCAUUGAGGUCAAAGCAGGUUUCAUUGGGAAAAUCUCCCUGCAGAUCCCUGUACGUCACAUUAAGAGCGAGCCCUGCGUCAUCUCAAUCGAUAGCCUAUACUUGGUGGCUGGACCUGCUGGCAAGGCAUCUUAUGAUGAGGAGCGGGAAAACCAGGCUAAGAAAGACAGGAACAGAAAGCAACUUGAGGCAUUGGAAUCACAGUGGAAGGCCAAGUUUGAGAAAUCCCAGCCCGAGGCCGGAUCAUCCUGGUACGCCUACUCCACGUCACUCUUCUACAAUGUCCUUGAAAACAUUCAGUUGAAAGUGAGAGACGUUCACAUCCGCUAUGAAGACAGCACCACUGUACCCAACGAGAGCUUUGCAUUUGGUAUCACCAUCAAGAGUUUGUCAGCACAGAGCACAGAUGAAAAUUGGAAAGCCAGAAUCGUGCAAGGAGAGGAGGGCGCCAUGCGCUUCAAACUCCUACAAUUGGAGAACUUUGCCAUUUACUGGGACACUAACAUCGAGCUGUAUGGAGAUCUUGACAUCAACGACUUAAGAGAUGCUCUACAGAAGAGAGAAGUAUCAGUCGAUGCACCAAGAACCCAGCAUGAUUUCCUCAUCCAACCUGUCAGUGCCGAAGCCAAACUCCGCCGUAACGGCAGCCCUUUACCCCUGCGAUCCCGCAGCACGCCUCGCUUCAUCUGCGAUGUCAAUCUCCAGAAGAUCCCACUGUCGUUAUCGGGUGAUCAGUACCACGGAAUGAUCGCCUUAGCCAGGGAGUUUGAGCGCAGCGGCCGGGCAAGACUCUACCGGAAAUGGAGGCCCAAGGUGCCAAUCCAAGCUGAUGCUAAGAAGUGGUGGAACUUCGCCAUCACAUCAAUACUGCACAGCAUCAAAGAAAGGAAUAAACGAAGAUCACCUGGCUUCAUCUCAGAGAGAAUACGGAAGAUUACCUGCUACAUCAAGGCCUACACCAAGAUCCUGGAAGGCUCAACACCAGACAAGGAAUUAAAGGCGUGCAUGGAAGAGAUGGAGAAUGAUUUGGAGUUUGAGGAGCUACGACUUCUGAGAGAGUUGACAUAUGGACAGGUGGAAAAGCGUAUCGCAGGUGGAGAGGAAUUUUUCAAGAAGCCAGAUCAGGAAGCAUCCCAACAACAAGGGCUGAUGCAGAGAUGGGUGUGGGGAUGGGGAGGGUGGUACUCUGGUGGAACAGCCUCCACCGACCAGACAGAUUCGGUUGGUAGUACUACCCCUGCUGGAUUGGGAAGAGCCAGUGGGUCUUUGUCACCUCUUCCCAUAGAUGAGCAAGAAUUGAUGGAUGUGAUUGGUGACCCCAUGGCUGACAGCACCCUCCUCAAACGAGACCACGUCUUCGCUCUUCUCAACCUUAACCUCCAAGGUGGAUCCUUUAAGCUGUGUAGCGCCGCUGCCGCCCCUAUGACCCAAGACUCCGCCCCCACGCCAUCCAAGAGGAGAGCAGACAGCAUGGCGCCCAUCAUCGAGUUGGAGUUUGCUGGCGUGAAGAUGAGUCUGGAGUCCAGACUGCGGACGAGUUCGAUGCUGUUCAGGGCUAAGCUGGGGGCACUGUACGUUCGAGAUGUCAUGACUAAGGGAUCGUUGUUCCCUCUCUUGGUGUCACCGCAACAGAGAAGGGAUGAAGGAUCUGGUACCCAGUCUCGUCAGACCUCUGGCAUACUGGCCAAAACCAGCAGCUCCUACAUGGCCCAGAGCGCUGCCUACAAGAGACAAUCCUCAGAGGAGACAUUGUUUGAGAUGAGCUACGAAUCUAACCCCCCAAACUCCAACGCUGACUGCAGAUUGGAAAUCAUCACCCGUCCCUUGGACAUGGUCUACAACCCCUCAGCAAUGCAGCGGAUCUCUGAUUUCUUUGAUACCUCCACCGCCAAGGCCAGAGGUCUUGCAUCCAGACCCUCGGAACUCCAUCUCACCCGCAUGGCAAGGUUAAGAUACGAAGAGCUGAAGAACCAGACUAAGCAGGAGUUGAGGCAUACCUUGGACACCCUGCUGGAAGGAGAACAGCAGAGUCAAGUCAGCCGAUGGGAUGUUCAUCUUGACAUCUCUGCCCCUCAAAUCAUCAUUCCCGACAGCUUCCACUCAAAGGAUGCUAUGCUGGUGGUUUUGGAUUUCGGUCACCUGCAGCUGGCUAGUGCAACAGCCAAAGCCAACUAUGCCAAGAAACCAAAAGCUGAGGAUGCCUCACUGGCAGAUGAUAGUGAGCUUGACCUUGAUGAUGAUUUUUUGACCCCUCCGUCCACCCCGCCCAACGAGUCUAGUGCCGAUAGUCCAUCAGGGUCAGCUGUAGUGACUGGCGCUGGGCCAGUUGACGAAGGAAAAUCUGAUCUACAGACUGUCGACUUUGGCAGCGCUGUCACUGAAUCUUCAAUGAGAGAACGCAUGUAUGAUAGGUACAACCUGAACAUGUCAGAUCUGCAGGUGCUUGUCGGCAAGGCAACAGACAACUGGCGCAUUGCUCAUACCAAGGGUUCCGGUCACAUGCAGGUCAUUGAGAAGUUCACCAUUUCAGUCAAGGUGGAGCGUCGUUUGAUGUUCACCACGGAUCCCCAAUGGCCUAGUGCCGUGGUGUCUGGCAACUUGCCAACUUUGGCAAUACACAUCAAUGAACAAAAGAUUCAGGCUUUAAAUAUCUGCAUGAAGGUCCUGACCGGACCAAGCGAGGGGGGUGCAUCCCCGGCGUCAGCGGGGGUCACACUGACCGAUGAUCUCUCUGCAGUGAAUCGUACUCACACCACAAGCUUGUCUGAGAUGGAGGCCACAUUGACUCAGAGGACACAGGCCCUCCUAGAGGAGUCCAAACUUCUAGAGAUGCAGUUCUCUGUCGACUUGCUCUCGCUCAGCGUGGAGAGCAGAGGUCGCUGCAUCGCCGAGUGCCAGGUUUACGGCGUCCAGGCCAACUUUGCCAAGCAGCCAUACAACACUUCAGUCUCACUGACUGUGCAUGGCUUGCUGCUCAUCGAUGCUCUUCAGCAAUUUGGGCCAGAGUUUGAGCUGUUGGUAGCGUCACACCGAGACUUGAGCAUGCAUGCAGCCAGUGGGAGUAUCGUGGACAGUGAACAUUCUACACCAAGAUCUGCUCAGUCACCUACCUCCUCUCAGAGCCCAGCCUCCCCCGUCGAGAAGAUGAUGGACACUUCCAGUCAGUCAGUACUUGCGUCUGCCCUGUCAGCCAUGGGCAAGUCCAUAUCAGGUGUGUCAAUCUCAGGCAAAUCCAGUAGUUCCCAGAUCCAGGAGCAGCUGUAUGCGGACAGUGUGAGACAUACUGAGACAGACACGGUGGGACAAGAGGCAGCAGAAGCCCUCAUAACGGUAGAGAUAGAGCUCAUCAGUGCCGACUGCCCGUCCAACAUUAACAGCAGCCGAGAAGCUCUACAGAUUGCCUCAGUGCAGUUCAACAACUUGGAUGUCAUCGCUAACCAAGAGACAGUCGUAGAACUUCUCUCUUUCUUCCAUCGCGCAUUUCCCCAUGAAAGCAAAGAACCGCCAGCAAAGCAGACACUGCAAGGAGACGCCUCAGCCUUUGAACUUGAAAUCUCAAGCACUAAGACUGAAGUGACUGCCGAUUUUCAUCGUCUGAAUGUUGUACUGGUACGAGGUGAAACCGACCAGCAGAAGCAUGUGAUUGGUCGGAAGGUAGCCACGGCAACAGUCUCAGCAGCUCAUGUCUGGGCCACUCUAGGUGGUGAUUUCCAUCUAGAAGGAUCCCUCGGUGGUUUGCAGCUCCUAGAUGUGACUCCAGAGGGCAGCAAACAUAAGACGGUCUUUAGUGUAGGAAGAGACCCCCAAACUGCCUGUGAAACAUCAACUAGUACCAUUGUGCCCCCUAGGCCGGUUGAAAAUGAUCUUUAUCAAGCCGCCAUGGAGCAGACCAGUAUAGGAGGCGGUAUAGACAUGGAAGAUGUCAAGGCAUUUUCAUUCACUCUGAGGAAAAUGGAAGGUGGCAGCAUGCUGUCACCAUUAAGUGCAGGGUCCCAAACUCCAGGGUUUAGUUUCGGCAAUGGGGAUUCUCAAACUGUCAAAGGGUUUCAGUUGACGCUCCAUCUUGCCUCAUUAGUGUACACCCAUGUCCCACGAUUCCUCCAUGACAUCACGCUCUGUGUGGAUGAGUUCCAGAGCUCUGCAGCCGCUCUUGCCGAUUCCAUCCAGAAAGCUGCAGCAGGUGUGGCCAUGGACUUUGUGCGACAGAAGUCAGACGUCAUUGCUUCAGUGGCUUCCCCGAUGCUCUACAGCACCAGGAUAGAGACUCCCAUCUGUGGGAUGAACCAAUCAGCAGUAGACACCACUGACAGCAGUGUGCUGGAGGAGAAACCUUCAACAGACUUCAAAUUCAAGAUGACCAUGGAGACACCCAUCAUCAUCAUCCCGCGAUCUGCCAUCAGCUCCGAAGUCCUUAUCGCUCACUUGGGCAAGAUAUCCAUCACCAACACACCUUUGGAUGCUGACACCACUCUACCCACUCCCAGUCACGGAAUGUCACCAGAGACAACCCCUGUUGCUCCAACCACAAGACUCUUCCUUGGAAUGCGGGACAUCAAGGUCUCCUCGUUCAACCACUUGGACUCCAAGUCGCGUUCCAGCAGUUUUGUCAGCACAGACAGUGCUGAUUCAGGAAGCAAUAUAAAGCCCAGUUUGUACAAGGGAACUCCGAUUCUGCAUGACACAUCCUUGGAGCUGACAAUUAACCUGCUUCCCGUGGACCCAGCUGCCAUGCCCAGCAAUUACAGCUUGGAUACCAUGGGAUCAGAUGACAGUUUCCUCCAGGAGGAGCGUUCCCCUACAACUUUAGUCUCUGGGAGAAUAGUAUCCCCGUUGAAAGUGAUCCUGUCCAAGCAUGUCUAUGAGCAGAUCCUCCAAACGAUGGACAACCUUACCUUUAAGGAAGUCAAAGAAGUAGAGCCUAAAAGAACCCCCAGCAUGGCAAGCACCCCAGUCUCGGGUGGCUUGUUUAUGUGGACAGUCGACCCUCCCGACAAUCAACCCCACCCUGAUGCAGAAGCUGCAACCCUUGACGAAUCUGCCAUGGAGAAUGCAGAAAAUGAAAACAAAGAUUCCCACACCAAGAUCAAAGUGGACUUCCACCUGCCGGAGUUCUCAGUGGAGAUGUGCAGCGACACCUGUGACGGAGGCCAGGGACUUGUCAAUCUAACCUUCCAGAACUUCAGCGUGGAGUUCGAGAACACCACGCCUCACACUUCGUCAAUUAGCGUCACCCUCCACUCCCUCAUCAUGGAGGAUUUGAUCCAGCCACCUUUCUCCAAGCACCGAUAUUUGAUGGUGUCUACAGGGGGUCCUCGCAUCGCCAAGCCCACUCCCAAGAUGUACCACUCUAGCUCCUGUCCAGCCAUCAGCUCCAUGAUUUCCCCGAUCUCGUCCCGUCCAGGCUCUCUACCCAGUGCUCUGGACAGCCCCGUCCCACCCCGGUACACCUACCAUGGCCAUCAUUACGGUCACCCAGGUACAAAGGGUGUACCGCUGAUCCCAUCCACCCCUCCUCCAUCACUGAGUGAGUCACUGGAAGAUAUUCCUGAGAGCAAAGAGACGGAAGAGUCCUUUGUUGACAAGAAUGCGCUGAUGAGAAUCAAAGUGAUGCUGGUAGACAGGGAUUGCCCAGAGUUCGUGACGAAAUACAAGAGGGUGAACAGGUUUGUGGAUGUCACCUUCAAUGCCCUGGAGACCACCAUCAACCUCCAGACCUGGGUGGUCUUAUUGGACUUCCUGGGCAUUGGGGGACCUGCUCCCAAGAGUCGAGCUAGCCCGGAGGAGAAGGCCUUGCUGAGGAUGAAGAGGAAGGCUGCUGCCAAAGCAGCGUCCUCUAAAACAGAUGAUGAAGCAGUGUCCUCUACUAUAGUUACAGAGUUCAGAGAUGAAGUCAACACCGAGAUGGUCAUCCAGGUCGGUUCCCUGUCUCUCCUCCUCAACAAGCCAGACUAUGAGCUGGCCAAAGCCAACGUCUCCAAUGUCUCUACCCACCUCCUGCUUAUGGAUGGGAACAUGGACGUCAGCGGUCGCCUAGGUAGGAUGUCUCUCCUGGACCUGACUCCACAUGGGAAGCUUUACAGAGAGAGGUUCACCACCAAGGGACAGGAGGCGCUCAGCUUCAGCAUUUUCAAAUACGGGCAGCCAGAUCCAAACCUAGACCGUGAGUUUGAUCUCAGCAUCAAGCUACGGAUGUCGUCUGUCCGCUAUGUUCACACAAACCGCUUCCAGAUGGAGACGGUAGCCUUUGCGCAGCAUUUCAACCAGCUUCAGGAGGUUUUAGGAACCAUGAGGGCUGCCACGGAUGGAAUCCAGGUCAAGGAGGACCCCAAACGUGCCUCUCGUAUCUCCAUGGACAUUGAGGCAGGCUCCCCAGUCUGCAUUGCUCCCAUCAGCUCCAAAUCCAAGGAUGUUCUGGUCAUGAAUCUUGGAAACCUGACCCUGAAGAAUGAAUUCCUUUUAGCUGGGUCGCCAGGGACUAUCGCCAAGCUUCCUUCCAAAGUGGCUACCGAUGAUGUUCAGUUUAGCAAGGAUUCCACCUGUCUCUUGGACUGUAUGCACCUAGACCUGGUUGACAUGGAUCUCUUCUCAGCUGAGAGGGUGGAACCUCUAGACUUUGAUGCUAGAGAAGAUAGCGCUAUGAUCUUUCCUUCCUUUGUCAUCUGUCGUAAGGGUGGUCGUCUUCUGAAGGACACCUGUCAACUGAGAUUACAGGUGGAUAGAAACCUGGAUGCAGAUAUCACCAGAGCAGUUCCGGAUUUCAGCGUGUCUGGCAUGCUCUCCUCCGUCCACUGCUCAUUAGAUGUGACUCAGUACCAGCUGAUACGUGGGAUGUUGGACCACAACCUGGGAGAGAAGCUGGAAGAAUUUGAAGCCAUGCAGCGAACGCAGAACCCAGUCAACCAGACUGUCCUGAGUGGCCGUGUCUGGACGUCCAUCUCCCUCAAUGUUCAGCUGGUCAACGUGACCUUGGAGCUCCUCUUCUCUCACCAGCAAGGCCCUACCCCCGAGAGAUCUCUCGGCAAGUUUGACUUUAUCGAGUCCCGCUUCUCUUUUGAGAGCUUCUCGGACACCACCAAGACGAUCGACCUGGUGUCGCAUGCCAUCCGAGCCUCUGACACUAGAUGGAAAGAUAGUGGGGGCAGUGCCAAGACACCCACCAAUGUCUUCUGGGAGGUUCUAACCCCUACUCGUCACCACAGUCGCAACCCUAACCCUUUACAGCUUGAACUGCACUAUGCAUCCCAGCUGGACCACACUAGAGCCACGGUGUUACUCAACAACAUGAGAGUCAUGUGUGUCAUGGACCUACUGCUGGCUGCCAAAGAUUUCCUCUUGGACUAUGACGCUAAGUCCAUCCAGUCCGCCUCUAACGCUUCAGGUAAAGCACAUGGGGCAUCCUCUGACGGUUCAUCCAAUCAAUCAUCCGCUCCAUCAUCUACAACUGCAACGCGAAACAAGCGAUCGGGAACACCGGUCAAUGUUGCAUCAGGGAUCUUCACCAAGCGAGCUCAGGCAACAGAAAAAAGUGAUAAUCCACUGGAGAUUUGCCUAAACGUCACAGAGACAGAGUUUGUUGUCAUGGAAGACACGGCGUGCAGUGACUCCAGUGCUGUCAUUCUCAAGGCAACUUGUGCAGUGAUGACAUACAAAAUGGAGAACAAGGAAAACCCACUGUCCUGCAGCCUGGAAGGCUUGGAAGUCUUCUCCUGUUGCCUUAGUAAUGAGGGAGAGACGGCCUUAUCCAUCGUUGAUCCAGUCUCCGUCAACAUGGAGCUCAAGGCCAACCCUACCAGCCUGGCAUCCCAGGGACACAUUGGAGGCCUGCUUGAUGUCAUGGAUGUACACAGAACGCUGGAGGUUCUGAUUCAGGCUCUGAACAUCCGAGUAUCGUACCAUGAUGCCAGACUUUUCUUAGCCAUCAUGAACUCUCUCCCAGCCCAGCUCCUCCAAGCUGAGCAGGAAGAGAAAGAGGACACGCCCAAGAAAGCUCUGACAUCUAGUAGCACCUCCAAGUCCAAGCAAGUUGCUAAGCUACAGGAGCUCGGCUUCAGUCGUGAGGAUUGCAAGGUAGCCCUGACCAAGAGCAACGGGGAGCUAGACCAGGCUGCCUCCUGGCUGCUUGAGAAUGCUAAACCAGUACCGAGGACUCUAGUUCCCAGACGGAAUUCUGGAAAUGAGGAGGAAGGGGCACUGGAGAUUGCUGGCAUCGAGGUUCGGGCGGGGUCAGUCAGCAUCUGCCUCAUCGAUGACUGCAAGGAUUCGGACGUUCCUCUGAUUGAGGUCAUGCUGCAGAACCUUCAUGUCUUUCAGAAGAUGUUGCCCAACAGGCAAGGCACUGCCUCAGGAACGUUGCUAGGAGAUUACUACAACAGGAGCUUAUCUGGAUGGGAACCCUUCAUUGAACCCUGGAAGUUGAAUGUUGAGUGGCUUCAACAGGAUGAGACUGCUGAAUAUCCAGAGAAAGUCUUUGUCCAGUGCAAAGUCAAUGACCGGCUAGAUCUGAAUUUGACUAGUGCUCUAAUGAACCUAUACAGCAACACCAAGAAGAACUGGACAGAGGAUUACUACAAGACCGGAACCAAAGAAGGCCUCCCAGCCAGACACAGGUCUCCUUUUGUUCCUUACGCUCUGCGGAAUCUGACAGGAUGUAAUCUCUGGUUUGCAACGCUCACAACAAACCCCAACAGGGUUGCUAGCAGUCCCACUGAGAAGCUUGCCUCCCCACUGGUAUCUGUGGGCGGAGCCGGAUCAUGGAUGGAGGUGUUACCUGGCCAAGAGGUCCCUUUUGUCUUUGAGGAGAAAGGCAAACAGAGACAUAGAAAUACUCAUGAGUUACGAGUACACCAGCUGCUGGUAAGAGUGGAAGGAUGGGAGCGAAUGGCCCCGGUCUCUGUUGACAAAGUGGGAACGUUUUUCCGCCUCGCCAAGCCUGAACACAUGCACACAGCCAGCAUAUUCACGAGUCAACGAGCGGAACGAGUUCUCUUCCAUGUUACUCUUGAGGGCAGCGCACGUAAGCUUGUGACCGUCCAAUCAGCACUGACUGUCGUCAGUCGUCUGAAUGUCCCAAUGGACAUCAAUCUUUUCAACCCAGACUCUUCCACAGACAACCCCAUCACCUUCCCCCCAUUAACCCCCAAUGCCGCCUUGCCAAUUCCCCUCUCUCACACCAACUGGCUCAUGAACAUGCGCCCUCAUGGCUGGGGCAUGGGGCUCUGCGACUCGCCCAUCAAGUGGCAGUCUGUUAACACUCCCAAGGCUACAGACACGCAGGCGAUGAAAUGUAGACUUGGCAGAAGAGACGAAGAUGGGCUAUUCAGGUUCUGGGCAUACAUCCGACAUGAAGCUUUCCCCCGUGAGCUGGCAGCAAAGCGGUCCCCCUCUUUCUCAGAGCUCUCACGGAAACAAGACAACACUGCCCAAGAACUGCAGCCAGGCCACACUAUAACCUUGCUCCCACCGAUAGUCCUGACAAACCUUUUGCCGUUUGACUUGAAAUAUAAGAUGCAUCGGACUGGUGGCUAUGGCAACAUCAGUCCUGGAAAGGAUGAGCCAAUAUAUGACGCUGAUCUGAACCAAGCUAACGACAUCAGUUUCACCAUGGACAACUUCCCCGACUGCCACACCCCACUGUCACUGCCCCCUCGGCUAACCAAGGAUGCCUACGGAUACAUCCUGCUCAGGGAUAGUCACCCCAAAAAACGGCGGCUGGUUCUGAAGGCCAGAGUGGAGUGCCGAGCAGGAAGAUGCCUUAAGAUCCUGAUCUCUGCACGGUAUUGGCUCAUCAACAAGUCAGGGUUGCCACUCAUAUUCAAACAGGAAGGAGCAGAUUUUGAGGCAGCUGGACAAUUUGAAGUCCACGAACAAGCUAGGAGUGUGGCCCCCUUGGUGUUUUCAUAUGCUGACUCAGACUACGCCGAAAUGUGUACAAUGAGACUUGGAAGGGGAAUCAUUGGUCUUCAGGAUGUACCACUUUACUGUCAGCGUAUAUCACUAGAGGGCGGCUCAGGAGUGCGAUCACUGCGUGUGGCGCAACAAGGGGGUCGGCCACAUAUGGUUUACCACAUUGGCAUUGACAUCCGACCUGGCAGGGGUCGUUACCAUGACACCCAGAUUGUGACCUUUGUCCCUCGGUUUCAGCUGGAGAAUCGCUCCAGCUGCAAGUUGGCCUUUGCUCAACGACACUUUGUCCAGGGGAAGGGAUCCAAGAAUCCCAGCGAACAUCUGUCAGUCAUAGCAGGGUCCAGCGUCAUCUUCCAUUGGCCUAGGGACGACCUGGACAAACUUCUCUGUGCCCGCAUUGCUGGCGACUCGACAUGCAGAUGGUCAGGCGGCAUGCGCAUUGACCAGCCCAGCUCCUUCAAUAUCAAUAUGAGGAGUGCCAACAACCAGUCUAACAUCAUGCAUGUCGCCGUGAGUCUCGUGGGUGCUACAUUCUUUGUUGUCUUCACGGACGCUGUCCAUGUGCCCCCUCCUUACAGGAUAGACAACAUGUCAGAGGUUAACAUCAUUUAUUACCAGUCCAAAGUUGCCGACACGAACCUGCGAACAGUGCUCAGACCAAAGGCUUCAGUUCCAUACACCUGGGAUGAGUUGGUCUUACCCAGAGAGCUGUACUGUGAGGCGAAGGGUGGGUCAGGAGCAACGUACAAGUUAGACACCUUGGGAGACGGGGUACCGCUGUAUUACGAAAACUUCAUCUAUCUGUGUUUGACACACACGUGCAGUGGGUCCUCAUCUUCAUCAUUAUCUAGUGGAUUGUUGAAGCGAAGGGAUGACUACACAUCCGCCAAUCUUGUCUUUGACAUCGUGCCAAAUGGUAAAGCUGUCAUCCUGAGAAGAAAGGAACCGGGCAAGCGCAGCCAGCUCUGGCGUAUGACCCCAACAGGCAUGCUACAGAACCAGGCCUUCACCCCACCCCGUGACCCCAACAAAGCACCCUCUGGCUCCCACAAUCCCUUGGUGUUAGACAUUGCUGACAUGGCAGCCAACCCCAACUCCAUCAUGCCGCUAGUGAUGCGCAAGCCAGACGAGAGAAGAAAAGGCACCCAGACGUGGUUCUUCAAAGAGGAUGGUCACAUGAUCUGUCAUCUCGGGGGCCUUGCAGUGCGAGCCAAAGGGCUUGGAGAAGGUUGUGAAGUUGUUCUCGGCCCAGCUGACAUCAGGGACCACAUCCCUGUGGAGCAGGCAAUCCAUGCCAUGAAACAUCUACCAGGGAGCGGUUGUCUGCACUGCAAGGUGCUUGCUGAUGGACCGACCAGAGUACUGCAAAUUACAGAUAGCUGGGUACAGUCACCAGCACAGUCUCCUGUCUCAGGCAGCAUACAAGCCCAAAAAGAUGACUGGAUCUAUGUCAAAACAUACAAGGAAAACAAGACAAGUGGGGAGACCAGACCAGUGGUCAGAACACAGGACACACAGGGUGGCACACCAAAGGUCAAAGAGUUAGAUAUUGUCUUCUUCUUGAGGGACGGGUUAGGUUUGUCGUUAGUCAACAAUACCCCUGAGGAGGUCUUGUAUAUUUUACUGUCUGGCUUGGAGGUACGACAUGUCAGCACGCAGCAAGAAAUCUCCCUCAAAGUCCAGAUCAAAAACAUCCAGGUCGACAACCAGCUCACUGGUGCUCAGAAGCCUGUUGUCCUGUUUGUCACUCCAAACCAAGAUGAUAAGCCCAGCGUCUCCAGUACCCCAGCACUGAGCAUGGUGGCUACCAAACUACCGUCUUCCCAUGAAAUGGUGGACAUUUACAAGCUGUUGUUUGUCAAUCUUCGUAAGAUGACUCUGAACCUUGAGGAGCUCCUCUUGCUUAAACUGAUGCAGUUUGCUGGCUUUGCUCAGUCUGACAGCGAGAUUGAGAAGAUGGAUGAAAGCUACUACAAUUCACUCAGACCUGUAUCGGUAGAACAGAAGGCCAAGCGCUACUUUUUUGAGACGCUCAAACUGAACGCCACAGAGUUCAAACUGAGCGUGCUCACAUCAUCCAAGCUACCACCAGACCUACAGGCUAUUAAGACCCAACAACGCCUGUUCAUGAUCCAGUUCGAGGACGCCCCCGUUUCACUGGAUCCCUUCACCCGACUUCACCCCUUUGAGACACAGGAAUUUCUACUGGACGCUGUGGUCAAACACUACACAGAGGAGUUGAAGAGCCAAGCAGUCAAAAUUCUAGGUUCUGUUGAUUUCCUUGGCAAUCCGAUCGGCUUGAUCCAAGAUCUUCGAGAUGGUUUGAAGGAAUUACUUCUUGAGGGAAACGUGACCGGUAUGGUCAAGAACGUCACCCAUGGAAUGUCCAACACAGCUGCCAAGGUGACAGGCUCGAUAUCCAACACGCUAGGUACCGUCAUCAUGGAUAACCAUCAUGAGGAGAUUCGUAGCAACAUCCGGGGGUCCCACGACGGGAGUAGCACCGGCCACCUCAAGGCUGGAGUCAAGGGGUUCACCUUUGGUGUGGUAGGGGGCCUGACCAGCAUCUUCACACAGACCUAUCAGGGCAUGACAGAAGACGGUGUGGAGGGGCUCAUGAAGGGUUUGGGUAAGGGUGUGAUUGGCACCGUGGCCAAGCCUGUAGCAGGGGUGAUGGACUUAGCCUCAGGCACCAUGGCUGCCUUGCGAAGCUCCACCAGUGGCGAGAGUCAUCUGAUGCCCAAUAAAGUGCGUCUGACGCGCUGCUGCAUCAAUCCUGCAGGCAUGCUUCCCCGGUACUCUGCCUAUAACGCCCGUGGACAGGAGUACAUGCAGAAACUCAGUGAGUCAUCCAACGGCAAGGAAAGGUUUUUCUCUAUGGAAACACUUCGUUCCAGUCCGACGGAGGGCAUGGAGGCAUUGAUCACCAGCGAAUGGACUUACUUCCUGCCCAUCAAUGACCCUCUCUCCCCCGUCCUGCAAGUCAUGCAUUCCGAGCUUUUCCAUGCCAGACACAUACAGCAAGGUAGUAAGCAUUAUAUUGAGCUGACCAAGAUGGCGAGUACUGAAGCUGGUGUGUCCACUUCACGAUAUGACCUCAAAGAGCGACCCAAAGUAGGCUGCGAUAACGACAAGAUAGCCAAGAAGGUCUCGCAGCAAAUCAACUAUGCCAAGGGAUGUUACGAAGAGUUGAAGCUGCAAGUCAUGAUGGACACCAGCGACAGCAACCUAAAACUAGAACUUGCAGGAAAUGAUGAGACGUGAAACAGCUGCUGACAGAAAGGCAAUCCGGUUUGUAAGUGACUUCGUCACAAAGGUGGACACGCCCCAAUUUGCAGGCUCCCAUUGGACGAUCGCUGAAGU